AUGUGGCGCGAUAAACCGCGACAGUUUGCUGAAGAAGCAUGUUACAAAUAUCUCGAGGAGGGAAAAUUCGCACUGGGCAAGACAAAAAUCUUCUUCCGCACUGGACAAGUUGCUCUUCUGGAACAAGUUCGGCUCGAAACUCUGAAUGCCUCCGCAGUGCUGAUUCAGUCGAGAUGGCGUGGAUACGUGGCUAGGAAGAGAUAUGAGGCCAUGAUGAAGAGCAUACGCACUAUACAGGCUGCCACGAGGAAAUUUUUCGCUGUCCGACAGCUACACUAUCUGCAGAUGCAUCGCGCUGCAAUCGCUAUCCAAUCAGCUUAUAGAGGAUAUGUGUGCAGAGCACGAUAUCAGGAACUUCGCGCCGCAGUCCUAGCCAUUCAGGCCCACUAUCGCGCCGCCAAGGUCCGCGCAUGGGUGAUGAAGAUGCGCUAUGAGAAAUCCGCCAUUAUCAUACAAAAGUACUGGCGAGGCUAUCUCGUCCGGAGAGAAGAGAUUAAGCGACGACAGAAGAUCGUUUUGGUGCAGUGCUGUGUGCGUCGAUGGCUUGCGAGGAGGCGUCUGCGAGAACUUAAGAUCGAAUCACGUUCUGUCAACCAUUUUCAGAAGCUCAACUCCGGCCUUGAAAAUAAGGUCAUAGGUCUACAGAUGAAGCUUGACUCAGUGACAUCAGAUCGUAACCGGCUAGCUGCAGUUGAGGAUCAACUCCAGAGGAUGCUUGCCGAACUUGUUUCUGCAGAAGCAGAGAAAUACUAUUCUGAAACUCUCUCAACGCUACAAUUUUCGUCGAAUUGCCGUAAGAUCGAAAACAAGAUUCACGUAAACGAGGAACAAUGUGGUGAUCUUAUAAUGGCAUAUAAGGCUGAGAAUAAACGUCUGCGAGAAGAAAUGGCCUCCAUAGAGGAACGAGUUAAAGCAGAAAUGAAUGAAAAGUUGGCAGCAAUUCAAAGAGAUUUGAAACAGUGGAAGCAACUGACUAUAGACCGCGAACAAGCACUGGUAGAAGCACAGUUGCAGCGUGAUUUAUUUGCUGCCCAACUGCCUGGUGCAUCUGAUGAAGGAGAAAACUUACUGCCAGAAGAACCGAUGUCGGAAAUGGAGCUGGAGCCCGAGCACAGGCCAGCAAGUGCCAAAUAUGUGGGAAGGUUUUCAAGACUAAAAGCAAGUUGGAGAGGCACGGUCUAG